AUGCCGGACAGGCUGCGAUGCAUCACUUUUCGCACGGUCAGGAAGCCGCCCACCCUCUGGUAUCACGAUCACGCGAUGGGCAUCACCCGGCUCAACGUCUACGCCGGUCUGAUCGGCAACUAUCUGAUCAGGAUGAAUUCGACACCGGCAAACUGGGAAAUCCGUUGGGGCUGCCGGCCGAGGAAUCUCGAGAUCCCGUUGAUCCUGCAGGAGAAGAUCUUCACGCCGACAGGCGCCCAGAACGGCCGGAUCCACCAUCUUGAUCCCGGAAGGAUCGUGGAAGGCGGCGCGGUGGGCGACGUUGGCUUGGUCAACGGGCAAGUGCGGCCGGAACUGUUCAGGCUCGGGCCUCAACGCUUCCUGCAUCGUCAAUGCGUCGUCGGCAAGUGUGUGGAAUCUUCGCUUCUCGAACAUGAUGACGUUCUGGGUCAUCGGCAACGACGCCGAAAUGCC